UACUUCCGGUGUUCCAGUGCCAUUUGAAGGCUGUAGCAGGUUGUGCCUUCCUUAGCAAAAUUAUACAUCUGUUAACUUCUUUAAAUAGUUUUAGCAAGUGAGAGGGAUGUUUCGUAGGAAGCUUUCAGCCUUAGAGUAUCACAACCCAACUGGAUUUGACUGUAAAGAUGAAACGGAAUUCAGAAAUUUCAUAGUUUGGCUGGAAGAUCAAAAAAUCAGACACUACAAAAUUGAAGACCGGGGAAAUCUUAGGAAUAUUCCCAGCUCAGACUGGCCUAAAUAUUUUGAAAAGUACCUCCAAGAUGUGAACUGUCCAUUCAGCGUUCAGGAAAGACCAGAGAGCGUUGACUGGCUACUGGGUCUUGCUGUUCGUUUUGAAUAUGGAGACAAUGUCGAGAAAUAUCGCAACUGCAAACCUGCAACAGAGGCCAAUGAUGCACAAAAGUCUGCAGACCCAUUAAUUAAUCUGGACAUUAAUAAUCCAGAUUUUAAGGCUGGUGUCUCGGCUCUCGCUAAUCUUCUCAAAAUUCAGCGGCAUGAUGACUAUUUGGUAAUGCUUAAAGCCAUUAGGAUCCUGAUUCAGGAACGCCUGAACCCUGAUGCCAUUGCAAAGGCCAGUCAAGCAAAAGAGGGUUUACCAGUCGCUCUUGACAAGCAUCUUUUAGGAUUUGAUACCGGAGAUGCGUCUCUGAACGAAGCGGCCAGAAUUCUUCGCUUGCUUCACAUCGAGGAGCUCAGAGAUUUACAAACAAAGAUCAACGAGGCUAUCGUGGCAGUUCAGGCCAUCAUCGCUGACCCCAAGACAGAUCACCGCCUCGGAAAGGUGGGCAGAUAAAAAACGUCCUGCCAGGAUCUUGCUGCAGAGACCUUCUUCACGAGACAUGCUUUGUUUUCAUUAACCACACCACAGAUAUUUUGUUUGAAUUCAAGGCAUUUUUGUGGGAAUGCCAAACUGGAUUUUUUUUUUUUAUAAUGCAUUUGCUUCCCCCUGUAAUAAAAAAAAAAAAAUGCACUUAUGAAAUUUUACAUGGGCUGCAAUAAAAAGCUGGACUAUUUUUUUUUUGUUGCAUAAUAAACCUUAAUGCAACGCAGCAAAGUUUUAUGGCCAGACUCUGUUUGUUUUACCCCUGGAGAAAGAAAUUCAACUUUAUACCUCCAA